AUGGGCAUCACCUUCACCCCUGUAGAAUCUUUAUCUUUGGGAAAAUUGAUUGAAUGUUUUGAAAAUUUGGGCAUCAAUGGCAUCGCCUUCCGACAAUCUUUGAGGCGAUUGGGCGCCAUAGAAUCUAAAACUGAUCUAGUUGAGCUGCCAGUCACAACCAGCCAGGUGGUCCCCAAAACCGUGGCAUGUAGACGUGAAGCAUACGAAAUUGAGAGUCUAGAAGAGAUCUCAGCUGAGGUGGUACCUGGGAGCCGGGAUAGACAUGCUAAUCUGGAGCACACUUCCUCGAGUGUGAAAUUCCCAUUUGCGGCGGCAGCUUCUCCCCCAACUGAGCGUUCUCGUGAUAAAUUCUUGGAACCAGAAAAAGUAGGUCUAAACUACCCUCCCCGCCUCCGCUAUGCUGAACUUGGAGCAUACAGCCAGGCUAUUCGAAGUCGAGACAUGAGUAUGAGGAUAUUAGGCCAAUCCGUUAUCCCAGCUGCGCAAGCAAGACUCGAAACCCGACGAGGGAUCGUAGUAAAAAUAUGGCUCAUUGGACUGAGUGAUUUGACCAGUGCGUUCAAGUUCUGUUUCCGAUCAGCUAUGGGUAUGCUCGCCAACACCUCUAUCAACAAGAGGAGCAUAGUAUGCUCGGCCGGGAUGAACAAUACCACCAUGGGAAGCCACAUAAAUGCUGCCCGCUCCAAACGCAAUGCGUGUGGUGUGGCGGCCGGUUACCUUCGAUGUGAAUCUGAAAAUGUUUUGGAUGGGGAUCGUUCCUACCAUUGCAGUCUUGAGGGUUUGGACAAGCUAGUGGAGAAAAGUGGGAGAUCACAAAUUGCUCGCAGCCCUAGGGAGUUGCAAUCAUUGAUGUACCACACAGCUUCAGAGGGAACCUGCCUUCUUCACGAAAGCGGACAUCUUUACCUUCCCUCGACAUACCAAGAGCCUCGCUGUCUCUUGAUUCCACCCCCAGACUAUUAUAACCUCCUUAUAAUGAGCACCAUGAGAGGUGUCGGCAGGUGCGAUAUUCACCGCUCCAAGCGGGAGCUCGGGGCAUACUUCAUCCCCAAGUUUCAUAGCUCAAGGCCACAACACUUUCCAAAACAUUUUCGUCAAAUGACAUCGGCGAAUUCUCUUCGACCGACCGAGCUUCAAGACAUUCGUAAGGCAAUGAAAGAAGAUGAGCAGCAGUCAGUCGUUCGACAAUAUCUGCAGAACAUGCGACUCACUGACUAUUUGCUAGAUAGAUUGGAGAAUUAUGCUAAAGCCGCUGAAUUUCUCUGCAAUGGAACGCUAUAUUCACAUGUUACCAAGGUUUAUCCCUUUCCUUCGGAUAGGUACACCCCUUUAGCAAUCAACUCAUUUAUUAUUGGCAUUGAAGACCCCAUAACCAAAUGCUGA